AUAUGUAAGUUCUAUCACCGACUUGUGUUGGUAAUACUGGAAAAAAAAUUCUAUCCGAUUCCUGAUUGGUGUUAUUCAAACCACUGCAAACCGACGUUUUUCUGAUCAUUUUUCAAUCAGUUUCAGACAAAAUGAGUCGUUUUACGGAAAUCAUGGACGGUUUUGUGAAAGACGAAAACGGCAAAUUUCACAUCAGACCCAUGAAACUACCCGAUGAUAUGGUGGCAAAAUUAUCAGCGCAGAAAAGCGAAACGAAACGAGAAUUUGUUAGACGUAAAUACAUCCACAUUGAACCGCUAGGCCCACUGGAAGAUUUUUUGAAAAGCGACACCAAAGACACAGAAUCUCCACAGACGAAAAAACGAAAAGUUGAGGAAAGACACAUUCGCAAAGAACUUUUCAAACCUCCAGAAAAGAAACCCCUUAAGAGAUUGUCUUAUUAUAGAACUAGACAGUCGCUGGUUUCAAAAAAUCUCAGUGCCAAUAAGACACAGCCAAAUAGUGUCACAAAGAAGAAAACAAAAACGCAGACUUUAUUUGAUGGCUCACCCCUGCUUGAUGUCGAUGAAGCUGAGAAAUUAUUGUCACAGAAUAGAUUGCUGAAGCCACCACUAAAGACUGUCUUGUUUCCAAUACGGGAGACAGAAGUUAUUGGCAAAAAUAAAACACCUGUGAAGUUGCCCCAAAAAAACGACAGUACACCAACUAGUACUGAAUCCAUUAGAGCUGAAUUAGAAUUUUUGGAGUUAGAACAAGCACUUGCCUCAUGUAAAAAAAACAAGAAACCUGGCCCUUCACCUUUAAAUUCGAUUUGUACCUUAUUGGAAAAUACGACACUUAGAGCUUCUGCGAGUGAAAAUGUGGAGAAAAUAAAUGUGAUUAAAGACGUGUUAUCUAUAGUACAAGAGGACCAGAGACAGUGGAGUGCGUUCAAACAAACAUUUGUGGUGUAUCAAGAAGAGCAUGACCGGAACAUGGAAAAAAUUAGUCAAUUGUUAGAACAACUCACAGAGAAUAAGGAAAAUGUGAACCGGAAAUCACUUAGCCAAACUGUCAAAACGAAAUUUAUUGUCUCGCCAGCUGUUCAAAAAGUAGAUUUAAGGAAAUCCACGUUGAACAAAAAUUUAUCAAAAAAUUUCGGGAAUGAUAGUCCGAAAAGUGAUUGCACCGGUUUAUGCACUCCUAAACAUGGUAGACCAAACUUGAGCGUUACCCAACAUAGCGUGACAAGAAGUUUAACAAGACGAAUACACAAACAAUGGUUGUCGUUGCAAGAUACUCCUAAACCCAAUGCUUAGUGUUAAAUCGACUUUUUUCCUCUAAUUUAAUAUAUAUUCUACAUUUUUACAAGUUUA